GAAACGAUGACCAGUUGGACGAGUACAUCAACGAGCACUGUCUGUGAAGUGCACCCAUUAGUUUUAUUAAGUGUUUCUGAUCACCACGCUCGCGCUGCUAAAGGUUCAAAGAAGCGAGUCGUUGGUUGUUUAUUAGGCCAAGAUAAUGGUAACGUUAUAAACGUUGCAAACUCAUUCGCUGUGCCGUUCGAAGAAGAUGAGAAAGACCCAAAAACUUGGUUUUUGGACCACGAUUUCAUUGAAGGAAUGAUGGAAAUGUUCAAGAAGGUUAACGCACGUGAAAAGCUUAUAGGAUUCUAUCACACAGGUCCAAGUCUUAGAGCGAGCGAUUUAGAAAUAAACGAGUUAUUCAAGAGAUGGUCAAACAGACCGGUUAUGGUCGUUAUAAACGUUGGAAAUAGUGAUGAUCUCAACAAAGAUGAGGGUGAGAUACCCGCAGAAGCGUAUGUUCAAGUUGAGGAAGUUAGAGAGGAUGGUUCACCCCCAGCAAAGACAUUCUUACAUAUUCCUUCACAAAUCGUCGCAGAAGAAGCUGAAGAGAUUGGUGUUGAACAUCUUUUAAGAGAUGUUAGACCUACGAACACAACAAAUGCUAAUAUUAGUCUUCUUGGUGGUGAGACCCUGACAACUAGAGUUGGUGCUCUCUUAGGUGCACUCAGAGGUCUUACUAAUAGACUUUCAACAAUUAGUAAAUAUUUGGAUGAUGUUCAAUCUGGAAAAUUGCGUACAAAUCAUGCUAUCCUUUAUGAUUUACAAGAGAUUGUCACUUUGUUACCUUCAGGUGCUGAAGAUUCAACUGAGGAAAUGCUCACGGCUGUAUCAAGGGAAGGAAAUGAUUCCCAUGUAGUUCUAUAUCUCAGUUCACUCAUUAGAGCAGUUGUUAAAUUACAUGACCUCGUUGAUAACAAGCUUUCUAAUUCACGUGCUGAACUUGGUCUACCUGAGCCUACAAAAGAGAAGAAGGAGGAGAAAUCUGAUGAAGAUAAAAAGACUGAAACCGAAAAGAAGUAGUGUUCUAGAUUGCAUACAUUCUGUUGAUUUAUAUCACAUGUAGAAAUAUUUAAAGUCUCUCAAUGUAUAGGGAACAAUAAAAUGCACAGAAGUAAAUCCCUUUAAAAUAAUUUAUUUAAAUAAUGUGCCUCUCAUUAUGAAAGCCAGCUGAAAUUUCUUAAAUAUCCAAGUAAUUCUGCUUUUGAGUAUCCGAUACGCUUUGCAAUUUCAAC